UUUAACGUGGUGCUUUAGGAAGUCUCUCUUUCGAACACAUGGCCAUAAUAAAGUGGAAACAAACGUGAGGGUAUUUGAGAGCUCUGAGUAUUUCGAUGAGCUUUCGAUGAGCAACUCUCCUCCUUUGCUCCAAUGGUGCAGACAGUACGUACGAUCCCUGCUAGCAGCCCACACAAGGAAUGAAGUCUAUAAAGCCACGGUGGGAACUUGUUGGACCAUUGCUCUGAAACUCCUCCGGCAAUGCGGCUUUCCGUCCUCUCCCACUUCUGCCUGCUUCUUGUAGCAAACAAAGCCAAGCCGUUAUACAAAUGCAACGUAGCCGAGGCCUUGAAGGCGGAAGGGAUGGAUCGAUACGGAGGCUAUUCCCUGGGCGACUGGCUAUGUGUGAUCCAUUACACAAGCGGUUUUGACCCCGAGUACGAGGACGAUGGCUUUGCUGGCCAAAACCAUUAUGGCAUUUUCCAGAUUGACAGCCACAAUUGGUGCUAUGAGGAUUGUGUCAGUUCAAAGAAGAAGUGCAACGUACCUUGCUCAAUGUUCUUAGACAAAGACCUCAAGGAUGAUAUUGCAUGCGCAAAAAAAAUUGUCUCCUCGUACGACGAUAUUGAUUACUGGAAAGUAUGGAGAGAUUACUGUUAUAGAAAGAACAAUACGAAAUGGUUGCAUAAAUGUAAACUGUGAAGGUGAAUCAAACCUAGAAUGUGUAUCUCUCUGCUGAUGCAGGACAAGUUUUCAUUCUUUCCUUUACCUUUCCUCCCAAAAUGCAUGGCUUCCUGUCUGUAGUUGCUUCUCUAGAAGGAAAGUCCUUCCAAACACUUCAUAUAGUUCUGUAUCCCAAGCUGGAUAGGUUCGAUGUCUAGAUCAAAUAAAAGUAAACAUAUAUGGUUA